CCCAUUGGGCGCCAGUUCGCUUAGACAGAUGCCAUAUGCUUAUUUCCGUUUCCGGCUAGACUCCGUUAGAGUACUGUACUUAAAUGGAUCAGCUGGCAUUCUUGAGCCUUCAAUUUUUUUGUUUAAUUCUAAAGUGGCGUUUUUCUUUGAUUCUUACUUUACGAAUAAAGUUUUUUAUACGCUAAACUGAUUGCACUUUUUGGUUUUUACCGUUGCUUGUCGUUUACGGUUUGCGUUAAAACAUCGGAUUUGAUAAUCGGCUGCAGAUUGCGAGUCAACUGGGUUUUUCGAAGGACAGCAACUAGAAUGCGUACCUUUUGAUUAUCGGAGUUUGUAGCGCACCCGAGUGUUGCAGUGCAUCGCGAACUUACAAUUCCGAGACCUCAACAUCAGGUUGCCACAACCAGUUUGCUCGUCAUGGCCGACGAUAAGGUUCUGACGGAUGUUCCACGAAAAUCGCCGUCAUUGCCAAAGCUUGGCGAGCAGCAAACGUAUGGUUCGCCUGUCGCUGAUCCCGAGAACGAUGCUCACCAUCAGGUUACAGAUAACGUGAGUAACGGUGCCGAGUCUUCGCACUCUCACGACCACCAAGCUCACUCGCACUCGCAUGACGGCGAGGCUGGAUCCCACCAUACUCAUUCGCACCACGGUCGCGCACCCUUCACGGAGGACGAGGAACUCGAAGAGCGUCAACAUUUUGAAACGGUCGUUGCAGCGUUCCGGUACUACAGAACGCAUGCGAUGAAGAAAAUCGCACGCCAGCGCAACCACUACCAAUCGCUGACGAAGCCCCAAGGCGAACGUCUGCCACAGUUCAUGGAUCAUCUGGAUGCACUACGGCAGUGUACUGCCAUCAACCAGCAGUUCCUGGACAAGAUCCUGCUGCAAACCCCUUUCGACAACACCUUCGGCGAUACGGGAGGCGGUGAUGGGAUCCAGUCGCAGCCCGUCAGCACUUUCCAUAUGGACAAAGUGCACACCACGCUGCGGAUGUUUGUCCGCGACUGGAGUCGCGAAGGACAGACUGAGCGUCAACAAGCUUAUGAGCCGCUUGUUGCUGCUGUCGAGAAGUACUUUCCCAAAGAUAAAUGUGAUGUUAGCCAGAUUCAAAUCCUUAACCCCGGCGCCGGAUUGGGUCGUUUGCCGUGGGAAUUUGCUCGACGGGGUUAUACCAGCAUCGGAAAUGAAUUCUCCUUGUACAUGCUCCUGGCGUCUAAUUUCAUCCUCAACUGCUGUCAAGAGGUCGACGGAUACAAAAUUUAUCCAUGGAUCGGCCACGCAUCGAACAAUCUCAGCUCCGCUAACCAGAUGAUCGGCAUCAGCAUUCCCGACAUCAGUCCUACGGACCUUCCCCCUGGUCAUAAUUUCGGCAUGGUGGCUGGGGAUUUCCUGGAAGUAUUCGACCGGAAUGAAACAUGGGAUUGUGUUGUCACGUGUUUCUUCAUCGAUACCGCCCGUAACGUUUUGGAGUAUGUUGAGCAUAUCUGGCACCUACUUAAACCGGGCGGAUAUUGGAUGAAUCUCGGACCGCUAUUGUACCAUUUUGCUGACAUUCCGCAUGAAUCAUGUUUAGAAUUAACCUACGAACAUGUGAAAACUGUGAUAAAGAACACUGGCUUUCAGAUGUUGGAGGAAAAGACGGAUAUCCCUUGCUCGUACGUCCAGAAUCCUUACUCCAUGCUGCGUUAUGAAUACCGUUGUGUGUCUUUCGUAUGCCAUAAACCGGAUCUUAAGGCGUCAUUUGUGGAUGCCAGUGGGAACUCACUAUCAUGAAAUGAUCUGUAGUAAAACAAAUUUUUGUGCAGUUCUGGCCACGCUGCGUAUUUUGCGAGUGAAAAUUAAAUGUGAUCAUAAUAAUUUCUAGCUGCAGACUUUCGGGAAUUCCCAUGAAUCUUUGCUUCUUUUUGAGUUGUUGGUUGGUUUCUUAAUUUUCGUUGUGCUGCGUUGAUAACAGUUUGCUCCGAACGGAGAACUGUGUGAACACAAG